AUGUGCAAGAAAUCAAGAAAUAAUUCCAUUCCGGAGAAAUCACCUUCUGUUGGGGAUCCAACUGAAAACCGUAAAAGAAAACAUGAUUCAACUGAACCAUUAAACCAAACCCAAGUACAAAAACGACCAAAGCGUGACGUGAGACUUCCCUCUUCAUUGCAUGAUUUUUACGUAGAGCCUUCUCUUAAAUUAACCCGUAAACGAAAACCCCGUAAAAUUAGAACAAGUGGAGUUUGCAAGAUGAAUGCAAGUGGAAAUACCCCCGAAACUCAUAGUGAUGAGAUUUCAGCAUUUACUCCGAUACCAGAAUCGGAAUUGAGAAAAGUACUUAGUGCUCUUAGAAAGGCAAGGGGAGAUAAGAAUGUAAAAAUCAAGAAAGAACCGGAUAUGGAUAUGGAAAUGGAAAUGGAAAAGGAUUCCGGUGAUAGAUUAGGUGAGAAAUCAUCAAAUGUUAUCGGGUAUAAUUAUAUUGAUACUACUGGGGAUAACUUCAAUGAAGAUAUAUGUGAUAUUUGUGGUGGUGAUGAUGGUCAACUAAUUUGUUGCGAUGGUUGCCCUGCAACAUUUCAUUUGAGCUGCCUUCAAAUCCAAACAUUGCCUUCUGAUCGAUGGUACUGUAUGUACUGUUCUUGCAAAUUUUGUGGAGGCGUUGUGUUUGAUUGGCAAAGUUGUAUUCCUCAUUGGAUAUUGUCAUGUUGCUUGUGCGAUGACAAAUUCCAUAAAACGUGCGGAGAAACAAAUGUUGCAAAAAUAGACUAUGGUGAUCUAUUUCUCUGUGGAAAGACAUGUCAUGAGAUCUAUGCGAGGCUGCAGGCGAUGCUUGGAGUCAAGAUUGGAAUUGGAGAAGGAUUUUCGUUAACUCUUCUUAAGCGUAGCGAGGAUCGAGAGACUGAUAUCAAAAAGAUCAAAUGCAGUAGUUACAAAUUGGCUGUUGCACUUUCGGUUAUGAAUGAGUGCUUCCAUCCUGUUGUUGACAUCAGAAGUGGGGUUGACAUAAUCCGCAAUGUAGUUUACAACUGCGGGUAA